AGGGCGCUCGGCGAGCCCGUCUCUCCUCGAAUGAAAGGAAACAACCUCCGGCGACUGAGCCCCGCUUCCAGGCGCUGCUGGAGAACCGAGACCGACUUCUUUCUCUUUCCCCUCCCUGGCGCUUCGCUCCUGCCCUUCGCUUCUGGGUCCCGCCGCAUUUCUUGAGGCUUACAGUGGCAUUCUAAAGGCAAUUACAAAAUCAUGUCAAGCUCAGUUGAACAGAAAAAAGGGCCAACAAGACAGCGCAAGUGUGGCUUUUGUAAGUCAAAUAGAGACAAGGAAUGUGGACAGUUACUGAUAUCUGAAAACCAGAAGGUGGCAGCACACCAUAAGUGCAUGCUCUUUUCAUCUGCUUUGGUGUCAUCACACUCUGAUAACGAAAGUCUUGGUGGAUUUUCUAUUGAAGAUGUCCAAAAAGAAAUUAAAAGAGGCACAAAGCUGAUGUGUUCUUUGUGCCAUUGUCCUGGAGCAACAAUUGGUUGUGAUGUGAAAACAUGUCACAGGACAUACCACUACCACUGUGCAUUGCAUGAUAAAGCUCAAAUACGAGAGAAACCUUCACAAGGAAUUUACAUGGUUUAUUGCCGAAAACACAAGAAAACUGCACAUAACUCUGAAGCUGAUUUAGAAGACAGUUUUAAUGAACAUGAACUGGAGCCCUCAUCACCUAAAAGUAAAAAGAAAAGUCGCAAAGGAAGGCCACGAAAAACUAAUUUUAAAGGACUGUCGGAAGAUACCAGGUCCACAUCUUCCCAUGGAACAGAUGAAAUGGAAAGUAGUUCUUAUAGGGAUAGGUCUCCACACAGAAGCAGCCCUAGUGACACCAGACCUAAAUGUGGAUUUUGUCAUGUAGGGGAAGAAGAAAAUGAAGCAAGAGGAAAACUGCAUAUAUUUAAUGCUAAGAAAGCAGCUGCGCAUUAUAAGUGCAUGUUAUUUUCUUCUGGUACAGUCCAGCUUACAACAACAUCAAGAGCAGAAUUUGGAGAUUUUGAUAUUAAGACUGUACUUCAGGAGAUUAAACGAGGAAAAAGAAUGAAAUGUACACUUUGCAGUCAGCCUGGUGCUACUAUUGGAUGUGAAAUAAAAGCCUGUGUUAAGACUUACCAUUACCACUGUGGAGUACAAGACAAAGCUAAAUACAUUGAAAAUAUGUCACGAGGAAUUUACAAACUAUAUUGUAAAAAUCAUAGUGGAAAUGAUGAGAGAGAUGAAGAAGAUGAGGAACGAGAGAGUAAAAGCCGGGGAAAAGUAGAAAUUGAUCAGCAGCAACUAACUCAACAGCAACUUAAUGGAAACUAGGUUCAUGGCACAGAGUUAGAAAACUGGGAAUGAAUAAGACAUCCAUAACUACUAUUCUUUUUUCACUGUUUUCUAAAAUCAAAAAGGGUUUGUAACUUUUUACUGCCCGACUCUUAGAUCCUUCAUUGAACUGCCUAAAAAACGUCUUCUUUGUUUUAUGAGCCUUCACUAGAUGGCAGAGUUUGACAUGUUGAUAUUAUAUAGCUGUAGUUUGCAAUUUCUGGAAAGCAAUUGAAACACUAUUAACCCUGUGUAUAGUGUCAACAGUUAAAGCAGACAUUGAAAUGAAGUAAGCUAUAUGCUGGACUGAACAAAGUUCUACUGUUUAGAGUGUCUGAGUUUGUUUAGUGGAUUCAUACUCAAGGGGGAAGCAUAAGCAAAUUUCACUUUACAGUGCAAAUAUGCCUCUGGAGGCAACACUUGGGAAUUUGUGAAAUUUUUUUUCCACAUUCAAGUAAUGGAGGCUAGAAAUGAAGAGAACCUUCUUUUGCUCUUGGCUUUGACAGCAUAUGCUAAAAAUCUCUUCCAAGAAGUGUGCUAAAGCUUUCAUUUGGUUCCUGUUAAAGUUGUUCUCACUGACCAGCAUCAACUCGGCACCUGGUGAUUAUAAGCUAUGAGCUCCAGUGCUUAUGCCAAAAUUCUCUUGACUGUAAACCUCUUCUCUUUUUAUGUCACACAAAGAGCUUCGUGCAAAAUGAUUGGAUCCUUCCAAGUUUAAACUAACUUUUGGCAACAGCAAAUUAAACCUCUUUAAGAUUUAAAGGGUUACCACUCACUGAGGACUUUAGCCACCAUGUCUGAAGCCCCAUCUUCUCAAGUGCCGUGCUGUGUGGAACACUUCACCUGUUGGCCCAAAGCAUGUAAGGAGGCCUCGUGCUCUAGGAGUCAGAAACCGUCUUCGCAUAAAACAGUAUUUAUUUUUAAUUUUGUGACCACUAUUUUAGAAACUUUAUUUAAUAUUUUUAAUGUUUUCAUUCAUUGCUUUGCUUAUCUAUUAAAUAGGCUUUUGUGCCCUACUUUCCUGCUGGUAGGGCUCAAAUCAAAAUUUGUUCUCAAAGGGUAAGAACCCAGCAUUUUAGAAAGGAUUUUCAGACUGGCAUUUCUAGCUAGUGAUAUUUUCUUCCACUUACCUGCUGAAGCACAUUUAUGUAUUUCUUAUUGGCAAAACCAAAAAACUUUAGUUGUGGUCUGCCUAAUGUUACCAUAGCACCUCAACAUUGAGGGUAGGGAUUCUGAUUCCUGAAUCAUUAGUUAGCCCUACCACAUUAAAGCAAAUUAGCAAACAAGAAAUAACAUGUCAACUUGACUGUACAUGGAGACUCUGCAGCUGAUGGAAACGCUUUGUUAAAACGUAACAGGUGGAAAAUUACACUGUGCUUAAUGACUGAUCAUUUUUAACUGCUAGUCCCUUAAGGUCACAUUUGUCAAGUGUGUAGUCACACAUGUACUUAAAUAAAGGGACUCAAUGAUUGCUUUAUUUUAACCAUCUUUUGUUAUUUUUAGAAGGAAACUAGCUUUAGUAGUGGGUUGCCCUGUAAGUUUUCUCCUUUUGCUCUAAAUAGGCCAUUGGGUUUCUUUGUGUGUAUGUGAUGGAUUUUCUAAAUUCACCAUGACUUGAAGUGCAGCGACAGAUCUAAAUGUUUGUUUACCAAGCUAUGUGACUUUUCCCAAAGGAUCUGUAUUUUAUUUCCUUAUAACAGCUUGAAACCCAUCAUUUUAACUCUUUGAAUCACUGUGUCUAGAUUAUUUUUACAUUGUGUGCCAUAAGAUUUACCCAUAGAACAAUAGAGCACCUUCAUUUUUGGACAACUACUGUAAUGAUGUUUUUAGGAAAAAUGGAAGGUGUCGGGGUAAAAGUGGCCAGUCAAUAAUCAUGUCAAGGACUUCAAAUACUAUUAACUGUCAGUUGAUAGAGUUAUCAUGUAAUAACUUGUAUGACUUCAUAUGGGUUUCUUCAACCCUUUUUCUGCCACUAGCAACCAGAAUAGCACUUUACCUUUUGGUUGGCUAGAUAAGUGGCUGGCUACCUAUUUUUCUCACUGUGGUGUGAUUGGCUAAACAGUCUUGCAUUAUAAAUGGAAAUGUAAAUUGAAGUCACAUGCAAUUUACCUUUGGUUGUAUACUUCCAAUAUUUUGAUUGUCUAUACAUGUUUUCAUCACAUGCUGAGUAAAAGUGCCUUACAAUGUAAAAAUUGUACAGUACUUAUGUUCCCAAGUAGCAUCAUCAUCUUCUGGGUAGUAAUUACAUUGUGGUAUGAAUAUUUAGAAAAAUGGACCUCAGCAGUGUACUUACUGUUCAUCUCUUAAGUCCCUAACUGUAGUUUUAAUAAGCAUGACAUCAUUUGAUAAGUAUAUAACAUUUACAUCAUUUCAAAAAAUACUGCCAUGACUGUCUUUUAUGCAUAUUUUAGCUUGAAAUUUUGAAGCGUCUUUUCUUUUUUUCCUUUUUUUUUCUUAUUUUCCCUUUUUUUGUUUUGUUUUUGUUAUUGAUAUUAAACAGUGUAAUCUUUGCAAGCGUAUAUUGAAGAUUAUUCUGGAGCAUUUAUUGCCUUACCAGAAUUGUUAGUAAGAAAUGUUCUUUAGCGUAGAAAGAUAGACUUGAGUUUCUAUACUUUAAUAAGAACUCUUUGUUCCUGGGUUAGGGGGGUGGGGGGGUGAUUUUACUUUUCAUCUCAAUUUAUUAAAAACCCACAACUGAAAUAAUUUUAUUUCAAAGAUCAGCAGUUUAGAAUUUCAGAUAGUACUUGCUCAGGAGUACAUGCUAUUCAAGAUAUUAAGAAAAUAACAAGCUAUGUAGAUCUACUGUUGAAUCAGAAUCUAUGUACUUGAACAAAUGUGUGAAUCUUAAGUAUCUCAAAGCAAAGGAAAAGUGUUCUAGAAUGUUGUUGCUUUUUUUUAAAAGCGCUAAAGUUAGACCAAUGUAUACAGUUUUGUUUUAACAGACAUUUAGGUUAAUUGUAAAGAUAAGGAAUGCAUUAUGGGUCAAAAUCAAACAUUCCUCUCAUGUUAUGUAUAUUUUGUUCCUGUUAUAUUGGCUUUAUUUUCAAAAUUGUAGUUUGUAGUAUUAGUUUCCUUUUAUUGAUAUCCUUGCAUAUACUAUUCAUUCAAUAAAUGACUUAUGACUUUCAU